GGCUUUAAGCGAGCACUUCGCGGGAGUGAAAGCAAGUUGCUGUCAUCAUAACCCAACAGCUUCAUCUUCACAAGCACACGACUUAACUCCCGAUCUAAACACACUGACACCGUUUUCCUUCCUCCGGCUGUGGAAUAACAUGAACGGACAUCUAAUGCAGUGUUUUUAAAGCACGACACAUAACUGGUGUCAGAGCAUUACAACCCUGGAAUAACACCCACUGACUUACAACACAUUUUGAAGGUUGUAUCUGGUAUGGCCCGGCCAGAGAUGGAAAGAAGGACAGCUGAUCGCAACCCCGGAGCACCGAACAGCUGCCGGAUGGAGGUACUGCGUCAGGACGCCUGGCCAAGCGGCAGCAUCAUCCCGCCCUGCCACCGGCACCGAACCAUUGCUACACAAACCAGCACUGUCUUACCACCACUAACCCACGUCUCCACACAAGAUGCCUUCAGCUCGGACAGCGUCCAGCAGCAGGACAAUCCACUCAGGGAUAAUACAGGUACAGAACAGGAACUCUCCAGCCCCAGAGAAAGGCGGCUUCCCCUGCCUGAUCUGCUAACAGACAGCCAGAGCUCCUCCGAAGACUCGACGUCCAGCAGCUCCACCGCAGUGGACGAUCCCAGGCUGGAGGAGCAGGCGGUAGAGAGGGUGGCCAUACAGCUGAAGACCAUCGGAGACGAGAUGAACGCUGUUUUUCUUCAGAGGAAUGCCGUCCCACGCUGGCAGAACUGGAGAGGCCUGUACCACGGGCUCGUGGCAUUUGUCGCCGACACCAUCAAUGCCCUCUAUCAGCACGGCUUCAGAUAAACAGACGGGUUACGUCACAGGAAGAGUGCAGGCGCUCUCCUGCCGACCAUUUAAAGACUCUGGGACUUUUCUGCAGGAUCAGAUGUUUGUUUCUUUGUAUGUGGUUUGUUUUGUACAUCAUCUUUCUCAUGUAGCAUUAGUGACUGAAGCGUGUGUCCCGGCAUAGACGUCAGUAGGGGUGCGUAGCCCUCGGCGCAUUUGCGUACACUUCAACCGCAAUGCUAGGAAGUUACAUUACGCCGGGUCGCUCUGAAGCAAACAGAUUGAUUAGAUAUGCGUAGCGCCUCGGGCCCAGAAGUGCUUUACAUGUCGUGGGUUCUCCUCUCAGCUGCCUUAUAGGAGCAAUAACUGUGCUGCACUAUCAGUCACCAGUGGCGACCACGCACCCGCACACCAUUAAUGUAAAACGGGUGAUAAUCGAGAUAAUGGAAUGCUCACGUACUAUACUAAUGGAGCACCGUGCCUUGCUAACGCCGUUUUUCAGCCCUUUGUGUACUAAAGCCAUUAGGGACAAUCAGUGCAUGGUGUGUGGGUUAAGCGACUCCGUCGCCCCCUACCUGAAUCUACACUUCGGGACACAAAUUUGCCACUUAAUUCAAAGAUUGGUCACCUCCAAUGGAGGUACAGGAGUGAGGCUGGAAGCCUUGUGGGAAAGCCAGACCACUAGUUAAUGAAUUGGCUGGAGAGCAGUGUUAAUAUUUGUAUGGAUGUACAUAUUUUGAGAAAAAAAGGACGGGAUAGAAUAAACAGGGAGUUUUUUUUGUUUGUUUCUUAAUGUGGUUUGUAUAUUUUGUUGAAAUGACCUUAAAGUACUUAACAUUAAGUUCCUUUUUUCAAUUUCAGUUUUGUUUCGUUCUUCAUGUGUUUUUUUGGACCAACACUGGAAAGCAUUUGUUAUAAAAUCCAGUGAAUUUCUACCUAUUUGCAAUUUAUAAAGUGGAGUCUUGUAAAAAAAAAAUCCCCUUUAAAAACGUACUUUGCGCAUUGAAUUCUCAAGGAUUUGAGAAGCACAAGCUAAUUUAUUUUGUUUGUCCAGAAUUUGUACUUUUGGUUAUUUUGAUGAUUUGUUAUUGACAAAAAAAAGUUUCGCAGUGAUCAAAUGGAUUAAAUAAGCAUGGAGAUAUUCAUUAGUGUUGUGUUUUAUGGACCAAAUAUCUCUGUUAUUAUAUUUGUCGACAUUCCCCUGAAGGUUGUCAAAUGAAUCCAUUCAUAUUUUUUUUCUGCUGUAAUUUAUUACAUUAAGGACUAAACUGAGCCAAACUGAGCCAUCAUACUUGAACAGACAAGUUCUCUACGAAUCAGCAUGUCACAUCCAGGUCUGUCUGGGAUUUUUGCAUAUACAUAACACUGUUAUGGGUUUUAAGCACUUCCCUCAAAAACCACAUUUGAAAAACUGUGGCAAGUCGGUGGGAAAACUCCUUUAACCACUCACAUUUCUGCCUGCGUUGGCUUUGUCAGUACAGAGUUUUAAUGGCAUAUUGUGGAGCAGAGAUGUCUUUCCUGUGGCUGCCUGUCUCAUGACUUCCUGUAAAACAGUUGCGUGGUCUGUUUCCUGUGGCCACCUUGUGAUUUGUCAGCGAAACACUUGUUCUCCGAUGCAGAAAGGCCUUAUCCGUACUGUCAGAUUUACACUAAACUCAUGUCACUCAUUUUCUAGCUUUGUACUUUUGCCAUUUGGAAUUUUCUAUGUAAAAUUUCUACAUGAAUUUUGUAUUGUUUUUUCCUUACCAUUUUCAAUAAAUAUGAGAAUUACAACA